UCCGGUGCGCGCAUGCGUGGACCGAUCGGGUGAUAAAGCAAGAUGGCGUCUGACGGAGAAGUCCUAAACGCGGGCAUUAUAUUUCUGUAUUCUUACAUAUAUGUUGUUUAAUAGAGUACACACGGUUAAUAAUUGUUUGUAGCCGGAUACAUUAGUCUGAGCGCAUUUUGACACUUCUCCUGUUUGCUGGCUUCACUUAAGGUAGCUUGCAGCUAGUUUAGCUGGCUAGUUAGCUUAGCUUGUUAGCUGCUAACAAAGAGACGCGGAAGUUAUUUAAACAUCGCUAAGUAGGGAACUAAUGUGAGUGCAAAGUGUUGUGAUUGUGUGAAAAUGUGCGAAAGAACGAUGGCAAAGUGCGGGGAGGAACUUUGUCCAACAAAAGAGGACAAGGAGCGACAACAUCAACUACAGGAUGUUACAGGGCAUCUUGGCUUCAGUGGGAUUCAGCUCUGGGAGCCAUUUGUGGGAGGUGGAAGUCGGAGACAACAGUCACUGGUCUUUAGGGGUGGCCAGUGACAGUAUCGGUCGGAAAGACUUGUGGAGACUGGAUGACAACCCUGGUGAACCAAGUGGUGGUGUGUGCACAGUGUCCUUCUACUCUGACGUCUGUGAAGAACAACUUCUGCCUGAAAAACAGGAGUGUAGCUUCAGGAUGGUGAAGGAGGAUCCAUCAAAGAAGAAGAUCAGGUGUCACGAACCCUCUGGUGCCUCCUUUUCCUCUUUGACACAGACUCCUCCCUGUAAAAAGGAAGAGGAAGACACACCGACGCCACACAUUAAAGAGGAAGAGGAGGAACACAGUGUCAGGAGGGAGGGAGAGCAUUUUGAAGGACUGAUGGAGUUCCCAGUGACUGGUGUCCCUGUGAAGAGUGAAGGUGAUGAGGUCAAAGGUGAAGGUGAGGAGAGGGGAGGGGCGGAUCCUCCAAGCAGCAGCUCAACACAACACAUGACAACAGAAGCUGAUGGAGACCACUGUGGAGGAUCACAAGCAGACAAGCUCUUAGCUCCACUAUCAGAUAGUGAGGACACAACGUCACACUCUCCUGACACUGACGAUGAAGACUCUAAAGAUGAUAAGACAUGUCACACUGACAACACUCACUUGACAUGUUCUCUCUGUGACAAAACCUUUAAAUACCAUUGUCGUCUGAAAAUACACAUGAGAACACACACUGGAAAGAAACCUUUUUCUUGUUCAAUCUGUAGCUUAUCUUUUACAAGGAAGGAAAAUAUGAAAGAGCACACAAGAACACAUAAAGUAGAAAAAACUUAUGCGUGUCAUGUGUGUGAUUCGAGGUAUAUACGAAGUCAAGGUUUGAAAGAACACCUGAAAAGACACACUGGGGAAAACCUUCUUAAGUGUUUUGUGUGUAAUUCAAGUUUUGUCCAAGGUGAUCAUUUGAAAAGACACAUGAGAACACACACAGGAGAAAAACCUUUUACCUGUUCACUCUGUAGUAAAGGUUUUGCACAAAGUCAAAAUUUGAAAGUACACAUGAGAACACACACUGGUGAAAAGCCUUUUUCCUGUUCAAGCUGUGACUCAUCUUUUACAAGGAAUGAAUAUUUGAAAGUGCACAUGAGAACACACACUGGUGAAAAACCCUUUUUCUGUUCAGAAUGUGGUAAAGGUUUUACAAAAAAAAAUGUGUUAAACGUACACAUGCUAAUACAUACUGGAGAAAAACCUUUUACCUGUUCAGUAUGUGGCAAAAGUUUUACACACUGUCAGAGUUUGAAAAAACACACACUUUUACACACUGGUGAAAAACCUUUUAUCUGUUCAAUCUGUAGUAAAAGUUUUGUACAGAGUAACAAUUUGAAAGUACACAUGAAAACACACACUGGUGAAAAACCUUUUUGCUGUUUAGUCUGUGGUAAAGGUUUUGCACAAAGUCAAAAUUUAAAAAAGCACAUAAGAACACACACUGGUGAAAAAUCACAUUCAUGUUCAAUCUGCAACAUGAGCUUUUGUGAACGAUCAACCCUUAGAACACACAUGAGAAGACACCCAGAAGAGAAAGUGUUGAGUUGCAGUGUGUGUGGUGAACGAUUCUCUUAUAAGUACCAGUGUAAGAAACACAAGUGUGCUGGUGAGAACAGCAGCAGCAAAUGAAACUGCAGGAUUUGAAAUAAACUGUCAAGACUUUAAUUUUGACUUUCUAACAUCAGCACAUAUAACAUAUGUGACUUUGUUGUUUGUGUAACAAUGUUUUUAACAUGCUUCUAAAUUUAUAGAUUUGAUAUUUUAUAUUAGUGCUUUUUCAAUCAAGUACAUACAUUAAUAUGCAACAUUGUGUACUUUCAUUAAAAAUUGAACAGAUCAAUAUGGCUGAAACGGUGAGAGUAAACAGUACAAGACAUACAAUAAACAUUUUAUGUGUAUAUUUAUAUAUUCAUCAGACAAUUUUAGACUAAUUCAUAAUACUGUUUUUAUAGGUGCUUGAAAUAUUGAAGUGUGACAAAUUUGUAUUUCUAAUUGUUAAACAUCCCAUAGAUAAGCACCUUUAUAUGAUAUACAUAUUUACUGGUUCACAUCUGAAACAUCUUCUGCACCACUUCAGGAAGCAUAUUAUUAUUUACUUUAUACAUCAUUUGAACAGUUGUCUUUUAUACAAUUUUAAAAUGUGUGACUUUAUUAAUCAUUUGUUGGGUCUCUAUACCAUUGUAUCAAUUAUCUUUGUUACUCUCUUUUGUAAUAUGAUGAUUGUGUUGUGAUUGUUUUAUAUGUAUGCCCCCAGACCUUUAUGCAAUAUUAAAGUGAGAGAAAAUGGCUGAA